CAUUUUCGUUUUGGAAAACCAAAAAUCAAAAUGCAGGCGUUCUUGAGUCUCGAGUUUUGAUUUAGGAUUUUAUUUUCCGCUGUAUUAUUUUCGAGUGCACGAAUUUUAUUAAGUACAAUAAAGUUUAAUGUUAUAUUUGAGUUUAGGAUAUACGAAUUCAGAAAGAUAUAUUCAGUACUGCCACCUUUAACUGAUUUGCGAAAGCAUUUAGCAUCUUCGUGGUUACAUUUGAGAAAAUUGUGUUUGUGAUGAAUGUUUAUUUUCAUAUUUGCUGUAUUGUAGUUGAUCAUAAGACAAAUGUUUUUCAAUUAUAAUGUCAAAACAAGGAAAAAGGAAAAUUACUGUUGAAUUACCAAAAACAAAGGACUUGUCGAAUAGACCCAGUGUUUUCGAGCGUCUCGGUACUAAGAAGGCAUCUAGUUCAAGUGCUAAAAAACCUGCUGAAUAUUGCAGGCAGUGGGCCCAACACGGCAGCUGUGCGUAUGGUAAAAGUUGUAAGUUUGCUUCAACUCACACACUGAUCAGCCCUUCGAAACAAAGAGCUGCUAUCAAAGAUGGUGACCAGAAGCGAUUGCUAAAAGACGAUGCUAAAAGUAGAUUACAUUCAACUGUUGUUGUGAGAACAGGUCGAAGUCCAGAUGGUGAAAUUGAUAAUUGGGACCAAAAUGAUUUGGAAUAUGCAGAUACAGAUGUUCUUGAAAAAAGGCGGCUACAGCUGCAACGUGAAUUAGAAUUACAACUGAAAAUGGACUCUAAUAAAGAUAUGAGUAAAGAAAAGAAAAAAGUGGUAUCCAGUUCAUCAUCAUCUAGAAGUUCUAGCACGUCCAGUGUGACAUCAUCCUCAUCUGAUGGUAGUUCCUCAUCUUCAUCCUCUGGCAGGGAUGCUAAAAAAAGAGCAAAAAAAGGAAAAUUGAAGAGAAAUUCAAGUUCCUCAUCAGAUGGUGACACACCAGCUAAAAAGAAACUACUUAAAACUGAUCCCGCAAAAAGAGAUAAAUCUGAACCUAAGAAAGGGAGUGUUAAAAAGGAUGAUAGAUUGCAGAAAAAAAAUGAGGAGAAUAAAAAGAAAACUGUGACAAAAAAAGCAAUUGGUAAGAAAUCUCUUUCACCAGGUAAAAAGUCAGGUGGAACACCACCAAUAACAACAAAAAGUUUAUUGUCAAAAACAACUUCGAAACAUAGCAAAUCUCCACAAAGGAGAGAAAGAAAUCGAAGCGGAUCACCGCAAUCCACAAGAGAGCGAGAUAAAGAGAGGGAGCGUGGCAAAGAAAAAGAAAAAGACAAAGAGCGCGAUAAGGAGCGUGAGCGAGUACGAGCACGUAGUAGGUCUCCCAAAAAGGGUAGAUCUCGCUCUCCACGUCGUCAUGGGUCUAAUCCAAAAGAACCAAGGCGGAAAGAAAGUGUAGACCGAAGCAGACCUGUGUCACCUAAAAAACAAACACGAAGAGAAGGCAGUGUAGAACGACACAAAAAACGAUCAGCUAGUAGAGAACGCGACCGUCGUAGGUCUGCAGAAAGAAAAAAAGAAAAACAUGAAGAAAAAGACAGACAUGACAGAAAAGAUAGAGGCAGAGAUCGUAAUAAUAAGGACGCUAAACGAGAUGAUAAGCGUCGCGGCAGAGAGCGAGGCUUAGGAAGUGGAAGGUCGGACAAAGGAUUGGAAAAACCAAACAAACCAAUGCAAAGAUUACUCCCUCGGCCAGAAGAGCGUUUAGCUGCUUUAGCAGCCAUAUCUAAUAGAACCCUCGAAACGGAUAAAAACCCAUCUUUGAAAGAUAGGCAAGAUUCCCAUUCUGAAAGAGGGGGAAGAAAGCAAGACCGACUUGAAAGAGAUAGAUCUAUCAAAAGAGACAGAAUGGACAGUAUGGAUAGGGAACAAGGUGAUUAUGAUAUGGAACGACAAUAUGAUCAUGGGCAUAAUAUGGAGCAUUAUGAUAGAAUGGAUGAUCGUUAUGGUAGUAUGCCACGAGAUGGCGAUAGGUCUCCAGGCUACAUUCAGGGAAGAGAUAGGCAUUAUGAUCCAGGGUAUGAUAUGCCUGGCCCAUCCAGAGGCUAUCCUGAAGAUGAUGACAGAAUAUAUGGUGAACCUCUGGGAGAUUCCCGUGGUGUAGAUAUGGGUUAUGACGAUCGUCGCCAUAGGGAACAUUCUUGGGAAAGACGAUCUGGUUCAUUGGACCGUGAGCGUGGUUAUAUGCAUCAUAAAGAAUGGGACAAUGAAGAUUAUCGCGGAUCAGGUGAUUGGGGCCGGGAACGGCACUGGCCUAUGCAUGAGUCUCAGAUGAGCGAAUGGGGUGAUAAAGAACAAGACGAAGGCUGGCGCCAUCGAGGUCAUCCAGGCGCUCAUCGCAAUCGUAUGCAUGAUGAUUACAAUCGUGGAAUGAGAAUGGAUCAUGGACGUAAUGACAACAAUAAAAGAAGACCACGAAACGAAACAGAAGUAUCGAAAGAUAUUGCAGCCCAAGCCCCCACAGCUUCAGCGCAUGAAGAAACAGAAGUGGAUGACAAACCAAUACCAGAUGAUUUGAGUGAAAUUAGUGAUGAUCCUGAUGAUAUUUUAGAACGUGAUGAUAUGCUUGAUCAGACUGUUGAUGAAGAUAGCCAAACAGAAAAGUUAGGAGACGAAAGUAAAUCAAAACUUGAGGGUGGAGAAAAAGAAAAUACCCAGGAAUCAAAUGGCGCCUGUGAGGAGAAAGAUUCACAAGACGGUAAGGAUGAGGAUGAUGUUGCCAAUCUGGAUUUCGAAGAAAUAUCCGAUGGCGAGCUCGAGGAAGAGAAAACUCGAACAGGUCUUGGGGAUGCUUUGGGCGUCGAUUGGGCUAGUCUCGUAGCUGAUGUUAACCGCCGUGAACAAAAACCUCCAACGGGCGGUGCACGAGAUAGAUGGCGACCUGAAAGGGUUCUUGCCAGGCUCGGUCUAUCAGUAAAUAUGGCAGGAAAGGAUAAAGUGCAGAAAAUAUUGGAAAAGAAUGGAGAAUCAGCAAAGUUGGAAAAUGAAUCGCAUACAACCAGCGAUGGGACAACGUUAACAAAUGGUAAACAUGAAGAACAAGAUAGUGCUUCAAAUGUACCAGACGUUAAUGAUCUUCAUCCAGUUGCGUCAAUACAGGUGGCAAUGGAGAAAAGAAAACGGCAGCGUGAAGUGCUCUUCGGUUUGGGUUGCGAGAUCACGCGCGGGCUAAGUGCAAGAAGAGAUUUAGCUCUGCGGAGGUACCUGUGUCACCUGCCCGCCGCAGAGCGCAUGGGACAGGCGAGAGUCGCCCCGCAAAACUCUCUGUUUCAAGCGGCACGGGCCUUGCUCAUGGAAGCCCCAGUCAGCGGCUGACAUCGACGCAGUCACCCUUACAGUGGUAGACUUUAAAAGUGAACUGUGCUGGAUUGUCAAUUGAAAAACUAUAUUUAGUUAUUUGAUCAUGAAUGUAACAAUGAAUCUGCUACAUUGCAGAAUCUUGAAAAAUAAUGGUGAACACUGCCUUGCACAAGAUUAGUAAGAUUAGUAGUAUGCAGUGAAAUAAUAUUUUAUUAAACAUUUGUUAGAAUUGACAAUUAUUAUUUCAUUAAACAGCAUAUUCAUUGCAAUAAUUUACUUUUAUAAAUAAUAAUAAAAUAUAUUCUUAGGAAUUAUGAUAGAUUGCAGCUGGCAUUCUGCAUAUGACACUAUGCACGUUAGAAUUAUAGUUUAAUUUUUUUCUAAUAAAAACGACACGUCUGUGCCAACAUCA